UUUGCUUCACGGAUGUUCCCCAGCACUAAAUGUAUCUGUAAAGGGUUAAAAAGUACGAUGUGUCUUUCAGUGAUAAAUGAAACGUACAAAUCGUAGGCGAAUUGCCGUGGUAUAGGACAAAUGAAACACUUUGGGGCGUGUUUUUAUUGGGAAAUAAUGCAUUUCAGAUGGUUGCACACCGUACCGCUGAUGGUCUUCCUGUAACAGCACAUCCCGCUGUGUUCUAUUCCUUACUUCACUGACAGGGAUUCGAAAUAUACCGUGAUGCCGACACUCGUGUCCUGAACUAGCGAAGAAUUUACCUGUAAAGACCUGUGACUGAAAAGCAUUUUUUAUUUUAUUUUAAAGGCUACUCGUAAAUAUAAUAAGGGUGUGGAAAAACAUAAUGUAGUAUAAAACGGUCCAUCCUGAGGCGUAUUUUCUCUGGGGGAUUGCUUUCAAAAAAAAAAAGGCGAGACUGCAGAGUACUUCAACAAAGAGAGCGUUUAUUGUUAUUUUAUUUUUUUUAUUGCUCUGGAGAUUCAUGCAUGGUCGCUGUGUAAUUAUUCUUAAUACACUUUGCACACUUCACAGUAAUUAGGAGAGCAUUUAAAACAGGAUUUAUCGCCAUGUUUUGACCUUCUCGCAAAGUCAUGACGUCUUGUUUUUUUUUUCUCUCUCUCCCUUUUUUUUUUAUUUUUUUUUUACAGUAAUUCUACUCGGGGAGGUUUCUGGAAUCCACGGAGGACCCGUAAAGACAAAGGAGAUACAAUAUGUGUACACGAGUCGUCUGUGUGUGAAACCAAAAACAAAGAAAGGACAAACAGGAGACAGGAGAGUAAUUAAUUCACCUGAGGAGGAGGAGGAGGAGGAGGAGGAGAAGAAAAAACAAAAAAGGAAAAGAAAGAAAAACAAUGUUUAACUAAGCUAAAAUCAAGACUCGGUGGUGGAGAGUCCCAAAACGGAUAUUCAUCUUCUGGAAUAAGUUUAAUACACACACUUCACAUUCGGAAUACAGGAAGGUCAUGACUCAGAUGCCAUGCGGAUCACCACGGUGACCGUCCUUCCUAACCCCGCCCCCUUCUUUUUCCUAUUGGCCCAGCUGCUGUUUUGGCUCCUCCUCCUGGGCCAGGACAUCGCAGGAGCCACGUCGACCUGCCCGACACCUUGCAGCUGCUCCAAUCAAGCGAGCCGAGUGAUCUGUACCAGACGGAACCUGGACGAGGUUCCGGAAAAUAUAUCCAACAACACGCGGUACCUUAACUUACAGGAGAACUCGAUACAGGUGAUAAGAUCAGAUACCUUCAAGCACUUGCGACACUUGGAGAUCCUCCAGCUUUCCAAGAACCAGAUUCGUCAGAUCGAAGUUGGCGCGUUCAAUGGCCUCCCGAACCUCAACACUUUGGAACUGUUUGACAACCGUCUCACGCUGGUGCCAUCACAAGCGUUCGAGUAUCUCAGCAAGCUUCGGGAGCUCUGGCUUCGUAACAACCCCAUCGAGACGUUGCCAGGCUAUGCCUUCCACCGCGUGCCCUCCCUUCGUCGCCUUGAUCUGGGUGAGCUCAAAAAGCUGGACUACAUUUCAGAUGCUGCCUUUGUCGGCCUUGUCAAUCUGCGCUACCUGAACCUGGGCAUGUGCGGUCUGAAGGACAUCCCCAACCUGACACCCCUGAUCCGGCUGGAGGAGCUGGAGCUCUCUGGAAACAAGCUGGAAAUCAUAAGACCUGGAUCGUUCCAAGGCCUGGAGUCUUUGCGCAAACUGUGGCUCAUGCACUCCCAGAUGUCUGUCAUUGAACGCAAUGCCUUCGAUGACCUUAAGAGUCUGGAAGAGUUGAAUCUAUCCCACAAUUCCCUGCAUUCACUGCCCCAUGACCUCUUCACCCCAUUGCAGAAGCUGGAGAGAGUGCACCUCAACCACAAUCCCUGGGUGUGUAAUUGUGAUGUGCUUUGGCUUAGUUGGUGGCUGAAAGAAACUGUACCAAGUAACACAACUUGCUGUGCCCGGUGCCAUGCACCACCCUACCUGAAGGGCAAAUACAUUGGAGAGCUGGACCAAAGCCAUUUCACGUGCUAUGCCCCUGUUAUCGUCGAGCCCCCCACUGACCUCAACGUGACCGAAGGCAUGGCUGCUGAACUCAAGUGCCGUACCGGAACCUCCAUGACGUCUGUAAACUGGAUUACACCCAAUGGAACCUUGAUGACCCAUGGAUCAUACCGCGUCCGGAUCUCGGUGCUACAUGAUGGAACUCUGAAUUUUACAAAUGUCACCUUGCGCGACACUGGUCAGUACACCUGCAUGGUGACCAACUCAGCUGGCAACACCACAGCAACUGCCGUCCUGAAUGUCACUGCAGCAGACACCAGUGUCAAUUACACCUACUUUACUACCGUCACUGUUGAAACUGUAGAAUCCACAGGAGAAGAGGAUUCGGCCCUACGUUCGAUCAAUGAGACUAUUAUACACAUCCCUGGUCCUACACCUUCUGGACGUCUCUGGCAUGAUGCCAUCCCAACAACAACUUCCUCUCUAUCAGUUUUUGGAUCCUCAUCUUCUCCCCGAGCAACCAAACCCACAUUUACUGUCUCUGUCUCUGAGCCGAGCUACCCCACUGGGCUGGAUGAUGUAAUGAAGACUACCAAGAUCAUCAUUGGCUGCUUUGUGGCUAUUACCUUCAUGGCAGCUGUCAUGCUGGUGGUCUUCUACAAGCUGAGGAAGCAGCACCAGUUGCACAAGCACCAUGGACCAGCGAGAGCCAUUGAGAUUAUCAACGUGGAGGAUGAAAUUGGAGCCAGCGCCAGCGUCCGAGGAAGUGGGAUCUCUGGUGGUUCCACCAUGCCCCAGGCCGGAUCCAGCGGAGGAAGCCAGAGCCUGCGGCUGCAUCACCCGGAGAUUGUCAACCUACCCAACCUGGCUCGGACGGACCACCUCAACCACUACUACAAGCCCCACCACUUCAACAACAACAUGAUGAGUUUGGGGCUCUCUGGAAGUUCUGGGAUCGGCCUCAACAACAACAACAACCCGUGUUCCCAGGCCCAACCCACGCCGAUCUCCUGUUCCCAGGUGCCCGUCUCAGUGAGCUCCAUUCCGUCCUCAAUGCCCCUGCCUACCCUCGGCAUCCAUGGAUCACUCAAAGGCCUAAUGGGUAAAGGGCAGAACCCUCAAAUCGAGCCUUUACUCUUUAAGAGUGGCUCCAAAGAGAAUGUCCAAGAAACUCAGAUCUGAGAAGGAGAGAGUGAGCGAGAGAGUGUGUGAGAGAAAGGGGAUAGAGAGAUAAAAUAAGGGAGGGAAAAAUAGAAAGAUGGUAUGAGGGAGACAGAAACAGAUGAAGUGUACUGGCUGUUCAGCCCCCGUGGGUUUGUUGUUCUCAGGAGUAACGAGCGAGGUAGACCCAGCAUUGUAUGACAUAUUACCUACACAAGAAAAAGACGUUGCUGUGAACCACUGCACUGCAAUGCCAGAGACAGAGAGAGGGAGGGAGGGAGGAAAAGAAAGAAAGAAAGAAAGAAAGACAGAUGCCGCAGCAUUUAGAUCAACGCUUACCGAACCAACACUCAGUCCGAUCAGUGUCAAAAGGAUAACAUCAGCAGAGCAAAAGCUCUCACACGGCGUUCAAUGCGGUAUCAAUUUAAUACACCAUCAGUAAUUAUGUGCCAAACAUGCACAGAUACGUGCCAAAGCAAAAUCUUUGUGCAUCAGCAUUACAAAGAUGCUAUCUCGCUGAAAAGUUAAAGAAAAUAACUCCACACACAGUAUGCAGUAAAUGAGACGUUUAUAAAUUCAAGAGUACAUUUUUUUAUAUAUGUAUAUUGAACAUACAGACGUGUUCUAAAUAUGUAUAUACAACACAAGCAGCCAAGAGUAUUAUAGGGUCGGUGUACUGUAGGAGUGCCGGGAAAAGACAACAAUAGGUCAUGAUUAUCAUUCGGUUAGACGUAGAGGUUUGCAGUAGCAUUCAGGGUUGAUGGAUUAGACAGACCAGCACUGUGUCGAGGGCUUGUGUUUCGUUCUGAUGGACUCCGCCAUAUUCUCGCCUUCCCUAUCCUUUUAACACCUCGAGGUGGGAGGAGGAGAAAGAGAGAGCGUUCUUUCCUUUCCUUUUCUUUUCUUUUUUUUUUCCGAAGGAACCUAAAGGGCAAAAGACAAUUAUCGAAAAAUCUGAAAACAACAACAACGACGACGACAACAGAAAUAAAUAAAUUUUAAAAAAACGAAACUGUGAAACUACACAUGAUAUAUAAAUAUAUUUUCAUUCAGAGAAAUAAAUUAUGAAGAAUCUUUAAUAUUUUUUUUGGUUGUUUUUUUUUUUUUUGCUUUGUUUUCUGACCGAAAGCCACGUCUUUGAACGGAUCGAGCGGCUGCACUUUGCCGACCUUUAGCGCGCUCACGGACGGCCAAAAUGGCCGAACGUCUGGAUUUUUUCUGGAGCUCCUGGAAUUUCUGUUUUGACUUAUUUUUAGUCCUUGAAAGCCCCCUUUUCCCUUUUCUUGUUGCAUUUUACUAACAGGGUUAUUGGUGACGUGUCAUGUUUUGUUCAUCCUUACAGUGAAAUUUAUCCCAGAUUCUUGUCGCGGUAUGAACAUUUUAGCGUUACAAUGUUAAAUUAAAAUCGAAUUGUACGGAUUGAGGCUGGGGGGGUGGUGGGUGGGGGUAAAAUCACCGACACCAACAAACUAUGCUAACCACAACGAUAACACAGUAAUAGGUAAUGUAACUAAAAGCAAAAUGUGAAUUUUUAUCUAAAUGCUGCUAUACACAGAGAGAGAGCGAGAGAGAGAGAGAGAGGGAGAGAGAGAGAGGGAAAAGUAAACAUUUUAUGAUGAUUUGUCCCUCUAUAUUAAAGACGUGAAUACAAUUUUAUGGCUAUUACAUGUAUUAUUAUAAUUAAAUUCUAAUUAUAAAAAUGCCUAUAUGUCAGCUUUUUUAUUUUAUUUUUUAUUUUUUUAAUUUCGGUUCCUUUUGUAUCCAGAGGUGAUGUUUGUAUUUCAUUGUGCUAGACGUGAUUGUCACCACAGCGGAUUAAAAUUUUAUUCUCACAGCGGAAUUAAAAACAAAAAAAACAAAAACAAACGAACAAACAAAAAAAAUAACGACACCAACUUUAGCAGACGUCAGAACAUCAAAACCGGGGAAAAAAAAAAAACCUUUCAACAAAAAAAAAAAAAAAACACAA